AUGGAUUUUCAUAUAAUUCGUGGAACUUCGUUAACAUUACAUCAACGGCAAAACCAAGCCAUUUCACGACUGGCUCACUCAUACAGUAUGCCGCCGCUUCAAAGAUCUUCAACAGAAUUGGAACGUGGUGAACGAGCAGGUACGGUUGGUAUGCUUUCCGCACAAACACAAUCUUCAAAACUAUCCCGUCCAACACCUAUGACUUGGCCAGAAUUGACGGAAUCUUUAGAAGCAUGGGAAGAUCCUGAAGAUGGCGUGCAAGAUGUCGAGGCAAAGAAAAGAAUCAAGAAUUGUUUUAGGCAACGUUCAGAUAGACUGGAUUUAUCCUUUCUUUCUCUAAGCACACUUCCUGAUGUGAUUGGAAGAAUGCAACAUGUACAGUUUUUAUCGAUCGCCAAUAAUUACUUUUCAGAAAUACCUCAGGCUUUGGCUAAUUUGGCUAACUUAAGACUAUUGAAUGUUUCCAAUAAUGUAUUGAAAGAGGUGCCCGAUAGUAUCAAAGAAUUCAAAGAAUUGGAAUUAUUCAAUGCAGCCUGUAAUCAGCUUAGAAAAGUUUCGGCAGAAUUGGCUCGUUUACCAAAAAUUGAGACGGUGAUGUUGGCUCAUAAUCGUAUUCUAAAAUUUCCUGAAAAUAUUCAUAAUAUCAAAGAUCUUGAUUUGGAAGACCAAGUUCCACUGGCGUCGUUUAGUGACUUUUCCAUAGAAUUCGCAGCACGAUGGGAAGAAGAUUUUCAGUAUGAAGCUGGGUCAGGUUAUCUGGAGAUAUGGGUGGCACGUUAUGAAGAAAUUCUCAGGCUGCCGGAAGCUGCAAAAUAUCGCGAAAUAUUUAAAGAACGUAUCGGUAUAUUGUUGGAUACGAUGAUGAAAAAUCCGGGUUUACGUGCACGAUGUUAUUAUCACGCACAGAAUGUCAUUGCAACGUGUCAUGAUGGUAUUUUAUUCUCCUUAUUCGAAAUGGAAAUCAAACAAGUUGAGGAAAGAAUGAUCGCCUUGCAAUUAUCUGAUGAAGAAGUUCGACAGGAAAUGGAACGAGCUUUUAAUUUUUAUCGUUUACAAGAACUUGCUUUAUUACACUCAGAACAACAUUCUUACAAACAAGCAGCAACUACGGAAGAAGUAAAGGUUGAUACACUUGAAACGGUCUUGUUUUUCUACACCUCUCCAGCAAAUACUUUGGAUAUGCCAUUGGGAGGUGAGAGAUUACGUUUUAUGCGUUAUCCAACAUUGUCGCAAGCAACUCUUGAUGAUGUAAGAGAAGCGGUUGAACAAAUUCAACGGGAAAAAAGAGAACUUGGACAAGACUUUUUAGUUAAUUUUAUUUCAGAUAAGGAAUUUUGGGUGAAUUAUUUAGAAAGUCGUUAUGCAGAUAUCAUUGCAGAACAUACGCACAUUUUUAUGGAUCAGAUGGAACAAUUGGAAGCCAAAAAAGACAAAAUCAACGAAUAUGAUUAUCUCACACAAGCAAAUGCUAUAGACGAAGAUAAGAAAGAUUCGGAACAAAGGUUGUAUCGUCAAUUGACCAAGAACAUUGUUGAGGAUUGA